UUGGCAGCUAGGGAACCUUUAGCGCCGUGUGGAGAAUGGCUUUCUGCAGGCCUGGCGUCGGAAAAAUACGUCAUACCGCUGCCACGUGACUGCCGGCGCGACGUGACUGCCGGGUCCCUUGACUGGGCACGGUUGGCCGUUAGCUGCCUAGAGGACCUCUUUUGGGAAUCAUUGGGGUGGAUCUCUUUCUGUUGCCCACAACCGGCUUUGAGGAUAUAUCGCUGGGAGCUGAUGCAGUUGCAGGCUUCUCUUUGCCAUGCCUGCAGGAGUGUCUUGGCCUCGCUACCUGAAAAUGCUUAGCGCAAGUUUGUUGUCUAUGUUUGCUGGAGCAGAAGUUGUCCAUAGAUAUUACAGGCCUGAUCUUACAAUACCUGAAAUUCCUCCGAAACCUGGAGAACUCAGAACAGAACUCUUAGGUCUUAAAAAAAGAAAUGACAAAGUUCAGCCCUCACAACAGUGACCAUGUCAUCCCUCCACUAACUGCUCUGAUAUUAUUUAUGAUUGAAAUUUUAACUGGUAACAUAUUCAAGUACACUUAUUCUAUAUUGGGUGCCAGUUUUCCAUGAAGGCCAAAUUGCGACAUCAGUCACCUUUUCAGCACAAAAUAAUCUGUUCCUGACGCACUCUGUGUAUAACUUCAACAGUGCUCUUGGAAAUUGUGUGGCUGGUUUUCUUUACUCUCCUUAAAAGUGCCCUUUGCUGGAUUGCAUUGUGGGGGCUUCCUGUGGAAUAUUGCUGUAACGUGCCACAAAUGCUGCUAACCCAGUCCAGCCUUUCAAUGCUUGAGUUUGGGUGGGUGACUAUGUGGGUACCGUGGGGUUUUUUCACCUUAAAAAAAGAUAAAACUAGUCUGCAAAAAGGGCAAUUCAGCAUUCUUCUCAGUGGGUUGUUUCUUCUUGGCUAAGC